AUGAUGCAAUCACACCACUUGAAACCAGUUCGGGAGUCCCAAGACACCAUAGAAAAGAAAGUUGUAAUGGUUACUGAUGAGACGCCAACUUAUGUUACUAAUCAGACGGAAACAGAUGAAUCCAUGAAAAGUGAUGAGGUGGAAACGCAGGUUAGUGAUGAGACGGAAACGCAUGUUACUGAUGAGAUGGAAACAUAUGAAUUCAUGGAUAGUGAAGGUAAUGAAACGGAGGUUAGUGAUGAGACAAAGGCAAUACAGAUGAGACAUACUUCGUGGAUUACACUUCCUCCAUGCAAGUGGUUUAUGAGUGGAAAGCAUCAUCAAGCUCAGAUUGGGAGAGGGAGAGGAGAGGAAGACCAAAGAAGACCUGAAAAGUUUGAAAGAUAA